UUCCCCUACCCCCCACUGGCUUGAUCUCUCUCUCUCUCUCUCUCUUUCUGUCUCUCUCUUUCUGUCUCUCUCUUUCUCUCUCCCUCCUCUCCUUCUUUAUUUCUUUCUUCCUCCCUGCCUGUCUCCGUCUCCCUCCCUCCCUCUCUCUCCCUCCCUCCCUCUCUCUCCCUCUCUCUCUCUCUCUCUCUCUCCCUCUCGGUAAGUUCCAUCACCCAGCCAUUCCGCUGCUCGAAGCCUCUGUCACCCAGUACAAGGCGCUCCCACGUACCUCCCAGAUGCCGAUUGAAAUCGUUUGCAAAAUUGCAUUUUCGGAGGAUGCAGAGAAGCAGAAAGGAACAGUGGAAUGUGACAAGAAGAGUUUGAUCGAGGAAGCCUGCCACUCCACGGCCACAGACCUCAUCACCUUCGCCGAUACCUGCUCACUGCACGGUAUUAACCAUGUCUUCGUGGCGGGCGGCUGUGGGGUAAAGCAGAGUCUCUGGGCUCUUGCCUUCCUCUCCUCCCUGCUCUUUUUCCUCUACCAGGUGGUGAACUGCACCGUCUUCUACCUGCAUUACCACCACGUCACGGCGCUGGACGAGGAGUCGAGCCAGGAGAUCCUCUUCCCUGCCGUCACCAUCUGCAACAUGAACCGCUUCCGCCACACCGCGCUGACCGAUGCCGACAUCUACCACCUGGCCAACAUGACAGGGCUGCCCCCCAAGAGCAAGGACGCACACAGGGCCGUGAUCCAGGAGUACCCUGAGCCUGACAUGAUGGACAUCUUCAACCGCACCGGGCACCAGAUCGAAGAGAUGCUGAAGAACUGUAACUUCAGUGGGUCUCACUGCUCCCCUCACAACUUCUCGGUGGUGUUUACUAGGUACGGAAAAUGUUACACCUUCAAUGCCAACAAGACCAACAGCAGGAAGAGCAAGCAAGGUGGCAUGGGCAACGGGCUGGAACUGAUGCUGGACAUUCAGCAGGAUGAGUACCUGCCCAUCUGGCAGGAGACAGACGAGACAUCGUUCGAGGCAGGGAUCCGUGUUCAGAUCCAUGGUCAGCACGAGCCUCCGUACAUCCACCAGCUAGGCUUCGGAGUCCCGCCAGGCUUCCAAACCUUUGUGUCGUGUCAGGAGCAGCGGCUGACCUACUUACCCCAGCCGUGGGGUACCUGCCGGUCAGAAUUGCAGGGCAGCCUGGUGCCUGGGUACGACAACUACAGCUUGGCCGCCUGUCGCAUCAACUGUGAGAAACAGGCAGUGCUGAGGGAGUGCAAGUGUCGGAUGGUGCACAUGCCAGGGACCGAACCCAUCUGCAGCCCCGAGGAGUACAUGGAGUGUGCCGACAGAGCCCUGGAUAAUCUCAUCACAAUGGCCAACUUCAGCUGUAAGUGUGAGACGCCCUGUCACAUGACGCGGUAUAACAAGGAACUGUCCAUGGUGAAAAUCCCAAGUCGAGGAUCCUCCAAGUUCCUCGCCAAGAGAUUCAACACCUCCGAGCAGAACAUAAAGGAGAACUACCUGGUGCUCGACAUCUACUUCGAGGCGCUGAAUUAUGAAACCAUCGAACAGAAGAAAGCCUACGAUGUGGCGGGGUUACUGGGAGACAUUGGGGGCCACAUGGGGCUGUUUAUUGGAGCAAGUAUCCUCACCAUCCUGGAGAUCAUCGAUUACCUGUAUGAGCUGCUGCGGGACCGUCUGCAGCGGGUUCUGCGCCCACAACCCCCCACCACAAAGAAAUCCCAGGACACCAUCGCAACCCUGGGUUUGGAUGACAUCAAACUGACGUCCUAUGAGUCCAGCAGAUGCCCCCCGGAGGGGCGGGUGUUCCCCCCCACCCUUCGCCCCCACUCCCCGCAGCACAGACUGCCCUUCCAGGACUUUGCCUGCUGAUCACGGACGGCUGCCCCCCCCCCCCAA